CCAGUUGCUGGGUGUAAAGUGAAUGACGAUGCAGCUGCGUGUUGUUUGUAGUCGUCUGAUGUCUUUGAGUACAGUGAAGAUGCCAAGAGCAGCGGCACAAAUGAGUCUCUCUGGACAACUUUGAAAUCAAGGACUGAACCUGAACACUGAGAUUCGGGAGGUGCUCUGUAACCCAGCACAGAUUGUUCAAGAGUCAAGCUAUUAGUAAACUAAUCCACCAUGAGUGCCCAAGUGGAGGCAGACGUCCACACCAUAUCUCCUGAGAUGCCUGCCAUGUUUGAUGGCGUGAAGCUAGCCGCUGUAGCUACGGUGCUGUAUGUCAUUGUGCGGAGCCUGAAUCUGAAGUGUCCCACGGUGGCCCCUGACAUCACCUGUCAAGAUACCCCUCUCAAUCGCUACCUGCUGAAGUCUUGCCCCGUUCUAACCAAAGAGUACAUCCCUCCCUUGUUAUGGGGAAAGAGUGGACAUCUCCAGACUGCUCUUUAUGGGAAGAUGGGAAGGGUGAAGUCCCCUAAACCCUGUGGGCUGCGCAAGUACCUGCCCAUGCAAGAUGGAGCCACUGCCACCUUUGACCUGUUUGAGCCACAAGGCGUCCACAGCACUGAGGACGACAUCACCAUGGUGAUCUGCCCUGGGAUCGGUAACCAUAGUGAGAAGCAUUAUAUACGGACCUUUGUGGAUUAUUCCCAGAAACAAGGCUACAGGUGCUCCGUUCUCAACCAUCUCGGAGCGCUACCAAACCUCGAGCUGACUUCCCCAAGGAUGUUCACCUACGGUUGUACCUGGGAGUUUUCAGCCAUGGUGGGCUACAUUAAACGCACAUUCCCACAAACUCAGCUCAUUGUGGUGGGAUUCAGUCUGGGAGGGAACAUCGCCUGCAAGUACCUGGGUGAGAAUCCAGCCAAUCAGGAGAGAGUGCUGUGCUGCGUCAGUGUCUGCCAGGGAUAUAGUGCUCUGAGGGCUCAGGAGACAUUUCUACAGUGGGAUCAGUGCAGAAGGCUGUACAACUUCCUCAUGGCAGACAACAUGAAAAAAAUCAUUCUAUCUCACAGGGGAAGUUUAUUUGGUAUGAGCUCUAGCAAAAUGGAGUUUGCCGACCUCAGCCGUCUGUAUACAGCCACCUCACUCAUGCAGAUUGAUGACAACAUUAUGAGGAAGUUUCAUGGACACAACUCCCUAAAGGAGUACUAUGAGAAGGAAAGCUGUGUGCGUUAUAUUCACAAUAUCAGCGUUCCUCUCCUCUUGGUGAACUCUUCAGAUGAUCCACUGGUCCACCAGUCACUGCUGACAAUCCCUCGCACACUAGCAGAAAAAAAGGAAAAUGUGAUCUUUGCACUGACACUGCAUGGAGGUCAUCUCGGCUUCUUUGAAGGUGCUGUUCUUUUUCCUCAACCCCUUUCCUGGAUGGACAAAGUCAUAGUCAGUUACGCCAAUGCUAUCUGCCAGUGGGUAAAACACAGGCAACCGUGCCUCAAGGAAAAAUAAUGCAGUGUGCAACACAAAGCAUAACACUUUCUGGAGUUUUGCUUGUUCGCUCUGAGUUGAGGUUAGAUGAUGGUUUCUAAAGGUUUGACUCACCAGAGUUUGCUCUGACCUUCAAGAAGGAAUUCGAGAAAGCACAUAUGGUAAUUUACACUGACUGUACGUUGAGUCAGAUGUCAGUGGUGUAUCGCUACAAAGCUGGACAAACUGUGCAGAGGGGUUCCUAACACGUUUUUAAAAAGGAAC